UUUAAUUGAAUUGUCAAAUCUGGGCAAAAUGGCGUUCAGCUUCCCUGCAUUUUCGUAUAUUAUAGCGCUAAUUGUCGAUGCAUUCCUUAUAUUUUUCUCCAUAUUCCAUGUUAUAGCGUUUGAUGAAUUGAAGACAGAUUAUAAAAAUCCAAUAGAUCAGUGUAACAGUCUUAACCCCCUUGUCCUACCGGAGUAUUUGUUGCAUUUAUUUAUAAAUGUACUCUUCCUGUUGUCUGGAGAAUGGUUCUCCUUGUUGAUAAACGUGCCAUUGAUUUUAUAUCAUAUACACAGAUACCGAACGCGACCAGUGAUGUCAGGACCUGGCCUGUAUGACCCUACAAGCAUAAUGAAUGCAGAUGUCUUAACAGUCUGCCAACGAGAAGGCUGGAUCAAGCUUGCUUUUUAUCUUCUCUCAUUCUUUUUAUACCUAUAUGGAAUGAUCGUGGUGUUGAUUGCCGCAUAAUUUCCCCGUUAUUAUCUCCGGUAUAAGUCAUAAUUUAUUGUUAAAGUGUCCGAGAUGCUGCGAGUGUCAAUCGAACAAGUGGAAUGUUUAGUGUUUACGAUUUUAUGUGAUCACAUAGUAUUUUGAUAAUAAAUUUCUUAAUUAAUUUA